GUUCACUCGUCCCUAGACCGGCUCUGGGCAGGUCGACCGUGUAGCCCCGUCCUCUCGCGGUGCACCCGUCCCGCAACGUUGUUAGCUCUCGUGUGUGUGUGCAGGUCUGCGAUGUUGUGCUCUCUUUGAUAAUGAGCCGGUAGAAGAGUUUUCGUCGGAAUUUUCGUUCCUGUGGUUAGGAAGAGGCACGAGAGAGAAGCCUGGAUACUUGUGAUCAUGUGGUUGUGUUGUAUGUGUGAAAUAAGCUGAAGGAUCUUCGGAUAUACUACUACUACUACACGUCUGGAGUUGAGGAAGAGGAGUAGAGGUCAGCUCGUUAAGAGGUGGUGGCAGAAUGAAGACUUCACCGACAUAGGGUUGCAAGGAAUCUCUCUGCGGUGAAUAUACUUUGAGGGACUUGGAUGUAGCGCCAAAGGAGCAGCAAGGCCUCACUCUGCGGAGGCAUGGGCAACUCCAACUCCCAGAACGGGCGCUCGCCCGCCCGUGCCACAUCGCUGAAUUCUGCCACGCGCAAGGAACCCCGCGUCGUCAAAAGGAUGCAGAAACAAGCCACACCUGGACCGCGUCUUCUUCCUCAACCGGUUCCAGAAGGAACACGUCUCUUGCGUAGCACCGACAAUGGACACAUCUUGCAAAGUGGUGGAACCAUCAGCGGCCGGCGUCCACGAAGUCUGCACGGCGACGACGACGACGAUUCCGCCGACCUGCUACGAGUGCUACAGAGACGACGGUCGCUCCUGGACAACGACGAGACCGGUAGGCUUAGCGGAAGUCGCAAGGCCCACAGCGAUCCAGACAUCGUUAGGAGCGUAUUGGCGGAAGACGGCGUUGAUGAUUAUGAUGAUGAUGACGACGACGACGACGACAGCGUUGGUCCGACCGGACGGAGUAUCAUCGCCGAAAGCCCCAGCAAGGCUAAGAUUAGGUCCAAGAAGAAGGCCAAAGCCCCAGAGCCGCCAUUUGGUGCCGAUUCCAGUACGCUGUCCAGGGAUGAAAACAUGCCAAACGGCGAUGGCAGGGAGGAACCUAAGAAGGUAUCGUCGAAGUAUCGCAGUCGACGUCCCGAGUCGAAGUCACCAGCACCGUCACCACCUGGACGAGGACCGGAAGGCAUUCCGCCGCCGCCGCCGCCGCCGCCGGACUACAACUCGGACGAGACUGACAUGUCAAAGAACGUCAGUGGUUACGAGAAGAACAGAAGACCUGUGGAAAAAUGGAAACUGUCCAAGGGAGAAACAAAGCCGGAAGAGUCGGGGAGUCGUGGCCGAGCAUCUGACCGCCAUUCUUCUGAGGGUUCGUCUAGCAACUCUGCGCAUUUUAUUCCGAACGGUGAUCUUCAAGAAGAACUUCGGGCUGCCACGAAGAGAAGGGCGUUCCAGACGCGAAAUGGACAUGAUGACAAGUCGAAGGAAGUGAAACCGAGCCCCAAGUCAACGCCCAAGAAGCAGUAUUAUUUCUCGAAUAUUGAAGCGCUCAAGCUAAAAAGCACAACGUCUGAAACAAAAGUCAUCAAAAAAGGUGACAAGGACCAUGCGAAAGACGCGACACCGCAACGUGUUGGCAAAGACAGACCAUCGCUACCUAUCGACAGUCUGGAUGAUCAUUCUCAGGGCAAUUCGAAGGUCAUCGAAUACAUUCUGAACGACACGGGCCGCGCUCCAGUAUCACUGAAAUCUACUGAAGAGCUACCACUGCCAGAAGAACACGUAGAUCACUUUGAGAGACGUCGUUACAGUAGAAGUCCCCUGCGUGGCUGGCGACGUGGCGACGCCAACCAUCGUCAGGACAGGUGGAGUUUAGAAGACUUGAGUGGCAGAGGCUCGUCGUCUGCGAAAAGUACGUUGUCUAGCGAGUCAGACGUGGACAUCAACCUCAAUGUUCAACUGCGACCGACACUUCCUCGGAAGCAGGUGGAUAUUCCGAGAUUUUCGCCGACAGACGCUUGGAGAGCGUUGCAUGGCAGCGAUUCUGGUCAGGAGAGAUCUGUGGGCAGGCUGAGGUCAGAAACAAGCACAGAUGACGGAGAUGUGUUUGAAGAGCACAUCCAGAGACUAAACCGUGCCGUUGCUCCACGAAGAGUUCUAACCGAUAGGUGCGGAGACUCCGGGAUAUCCCCUGACGCAGGAAGCCCAAUCUUAGUGCGCGGGGAUCCUCUGGAACACGUCUUCAACGGAGAAAUUAGUAGAAGACAGGACGGCGUUGGUUGCGUGUCGCCACCAGUCAACGGUCAUGCAGACCACUGGAUCCCGAAGGAGGACCUCAUGGACGACUCCGACUCCGGUAGUGUCGACCAGAACUUAUCAGGACUGCACAGUUACGAACCUUCAACACGGGUUUCACAGCCGAAGUUCACCAUGCCGGCAAACAUGUUCAUGAACUGGGGGACUCCGACGUCUACUAUGCAAACUGUAGAGCUCUCCGAACGAAGUGGAAGGCAAAGAGAGCGACGCCGAAAAGAUAAGGACACUCCAGAGAACUCCAAUAGUCUCAGGAACAUCCGUCGAGCUCUUGGCCUUCGUGCCAGGGACGCUUCGGACGGGAUGGACGGUCAGAACGGUAUUGACGCGAACUGGUCUCUUAGCAAGAGCGCUCCAAAUUCCCUCAACGUCGUUGGAGACAUGGACGUAAUGCCUGUAAGACAACAUGCCACAAAGCCUCCAAAAGCACCUAAAUUGCAAGGCGAGAGGAACCCCAACCGUUCUCAAUGGCAGGAUGGAGACAGUGCUGCAAAGGCAGAUGCACGUCGAACGUCAUCGUUUUCGUUUCCACGCGAAGGACAUGUGAUGUACCUUCCAAAGUACGAAGCCGUCCAACUUGAGUCAGAUGUCGCACCUACAUCACCUCCUCAGGGCAAACAAAAGAACAAGUUCUCUUACAUGAGUACGGUCCGAAAAGAAGAACGCCGCUUGCUUCAGGAAAAACUAGCGAGGGAAGUAGCAGAAAAGGAAAAGCUAAGAGAAAAAGAGAUACGCUGGAUGAACAGGGUUGAAGAAGAAUUCAGAAAACAAAGGGACCGGGAAAAAGUCAGCAUCCGACAACAGCUCCGGCUGCUGAACAUGGAGAGCAAGAAGGAUCCCUCGCAAGAAGCCGGUCUCAGCUCCUCCGACCUGCUAGACAGCCCAAGCGAAGACAACAAAAUGAUCAGUAAUUGGAUACUUAGAGGAUCGUCAUCUGAUCAACCCGAUCGUCGUAACUUCAGCCCUCCGCGUCCGGAACCUGAAGGAGGUAGGUCUUCCGGUGACGAAUGCAAGGAAAACCAACGUCCAUCUCUAGAAGAUCAACUGAAAACAACGGAGGUUCCACGGAAAAACAUCUACGAGCACUUAUCCCGAGUUUUCCAGAAGGAUCGGAGACAAGAUAGCGAACCAGCUCCAGCGUCCAGAAACGACAGAAGGUCUUUGUCUCCUGCAUCUCAAGAAAAUCGACGGGCAGCUAGGAACAGAAGCUCGAGUCCGGUGCAGCGGAGAAGUUCGUCUUGUGAUAAUCGCAGAACGGAACGGCAGAUGAGCGUCUUCAAGAAGAACGACAGUUCCUUAGAGAGGGGUGGAAGUGGAAGGACAUUUCAGUCUCACGUCGAUGACUUAUACAGUGUGCCACAGAAGAAAAGAAGCGUGCCAAAACAAGAGAAGCAGCAGUGUUAUCCAGCGGAAGGUCGGUACAGGCAGCUGAAUGACGAGGAUAACCUCAACAGCAAUGGCGUUGCGUCGAGGGUGAAUGGAAACAGUAAAGAGAGUCCACCGCUUCCGCGGCGUGUUAACGGAAGUACGAAUGCCGGUGGCAAAAGGUUGCUCCAUGCCCAGCCGUUUAGUCCGAAGAAGGAGUACAGACGCGUACCGUUCAGGAUGGCACAGCAAGGGAAGCCCAAUAGAUGAGCAUCUACAGCGCCCUACUCAACCAAGCGGAGGAGCGUAGUAGAUGCCAGAUGUACAGCAAAUCAGGAAGGCCUUACCCCUACUACAAGGAUCGUUUUGUUUUUGUUUCUUCAGAGUCUAUUUCUUUUCUUGUCCUAGUGUCAUCAAGGGCAGUUCUGGGACUAAAGGUGUGACAAAAAAAUAGCUUCGAUGUUAUGAACGUUUUAUACAUGAAAUCGGCUGGAAGUCCGGAACUGCCCCAUCCACUAGGACAUGGGUAAACCUUUUAACUUAAACUAACUCAGAGAACCGUUUUAGAUUUUAGUGUACAUAAGCAGAGAAGUUAGUUUCUUUCUUCGCAAAGGAAAGUGAUAUAAAUAACCCGGAAGGGCCGCGAAAUAAACUAAUACUCAAGUACUGUAUUUUGUAAGAUAUGUGAAUAAACCCCAGCACAUCAUCACACUA